AUGGACGGGUGGUGGACGAAGUUCGGAGGCGACGAGAGCCACGAGCUGCCCGGCCGCCGAGAGCACGGGCGGGCUGCACGUCAUGGCCGCCGCCAGCACCAGCAUGCAGACAACCCGCCGGCCUCGGAUGCCGGCCACAUGUCGCCACCAUACCAGGACAGCGAGGGCCUGCAGGCCGAGUAUCGCGACGACGCGACCAGCACCGUCGACUCCGACGCGACCGCCACCAACAACAACCAUGCCGAGCCCUACAGCUACGACGAUGUCGACGAGCUGCUCGCUCCGCCUAGCCCGCCUAGCUACGUCCCAAAGCCCGUCAGCCGGGUCGUAGACUCUGUCGCCACGUGGAUCAAGGGGCCGCAGCCCCCGCGCCCGUACAAGAUCACCCCCUUCUUCCCCGCGGCUCAGACCGCCUUGCCGCGCCUGUUGGAUACAUACUUGCCCAAGCGGAAGCACAAGGCUUGGCUGCUGGUGGCCUUCUACGCGCUGUGGCUCCUCUGUUUCUCGCUGGUGCUGCGCAAGUCGGCCUUCUCCACCGAGAUCGGCGAAUAUGGCUCUCCGGUCAGGCUUACCUGCCUUUCCCGCUUCUGGUCGGAUAACAACGGAUGCGGUUUGAACGGAGACAACUGCCGUCCUUUCGGCAACAACUCGUUUCCAUUCCGCUGCCCCGCCAACUGCAAGCGUGUCGAGGUGGUGAACCCUCAUGCCGUUGGUGAUCAGGAGGUCAACUACCGAUCUCUUGUCAUUGGUGGCCCCACCGAGGGCGCCGGAGAGGACGACGUCGAAAGCACCAUCUAUCGCGGCGAUUCCUUCAUUUGCGGUUCCGCAAUUCAUGCCGGCUUCGUCAGCAACAAGGCUGGCGGCUGCGGCGUGGUUUCGCGCAUCGGCACCCGAAGCGGAUACCCCUCGUCCAAUCACCACGGCAUCAACAGCAUCGGCUUCGACUCGUACUUCCCGCUCUCGUACACCUUUGUCGAAGGGACUGCCUCGCAGUGCAAGGACCUGCGCUGGUCCCUAUUCGCCGUGUCGUUGACCUUUACCGUCCUGCUAUCGCUUUUCACCACAUCGCCACCCGUAUUCUUUCCCUCGAUUUUCUUCGGCAUCUUCUUCCACGUCGCGCUGGCGUCGGACCCGCCCGAUCUUACUGAUUACCAUGCUCUCAUCAGCAUCGCAUUGGGCCGAUUCUUACCCGCUGCAUUCUGUGCCUUCGUCAUGUACAAGUUCUCGGUCCGCCCUACCCUGGCCGGCCUCACCGCCCAGUUCGAGAAGACCAUUCUCUGGCUCGGUGGCUGCUGGGUCGGUGCGUUGAACAACUACACGUUCGACAAGAUCCCCAUUCAGCGCCUUACGCCGCAUGACAUUAAGCAGCAGCCUGGUGCUGUUCCGGCUCUCAUCAUCAUCGUUCUUUCCCUCUUUUUCAUCGCUCUGGGUCAGGCCUACGCUUUCCGUGUCGAAGGAAGGCUUCCACGGUACCUUGUCAUUUAUGGUAUCAUGGCCGGCUGUAUUCUUGCCCUGGUGGCGGUCCCGCAGAUGAACGUCCGCAUUCAUCACUACAUCUUGGCACUAUUGCUUAUUCCGGGCACGUCGAUGCAGAACCGGCCCAGUCUCCUAUACCAGGGUAUUCUGGUCGGCCUGUUCAUCAACGGAAUUGCCCGCUGGGGUUUUGACAGCAUUCUGCAGACUCCGUUUGAGCUUCGUCAAGAUGCCCACCUCGGGACAUUGUUGCCCGAGAUCCUGCCACCUGUUAUUCAUAACGUGCAGGAUACAUAUCACAGUCUCAUGCCCAACAUCACGUUCCAGUGGCAGUUGCCGUUGCCAGAAAAGUACGACGGCGUCAGCAUUCUUGUGAACGAUGUUGAGCGAUUCCGUGCAUAUUUGGAUGAAGACAAGACCAGUUUCACUUGGGUACGACAAGACAUUGAACUCCCUGAAUAUUUCAGGUUUGCAUACAUGAACGGGCGGCGUGCGGGAGAUUACACCAAGGCCGGGAAAUGGACGGCCGAGGGUGGAUGGCAGCACAUGAAGCCUGGAGCAGGCUGA